UUCCUUCAAUGGAACGCAGCGUUUUGGACAUUCUGUGUCUGUGAAGCGAGAAAACCAGGGAUCGAUCUUCUUCAUUUUCGAAAUCCACACAGAAGGAGAGAAGUCUGUAGCUCACACCACCUGGAGACACUGCGAACGCCUAUAAACCAAAUCAAUGGCGUAUGAAAUCCCACACGAUCUGAUCAAACAGCUUCAGAUCUCACUUCGAAAUGGUGCCAGAAUCUCCUCCUACGACCCUCACGAUCCUUCGCUUCCAAAUCUACCUUCGCUUCAUGAAACAAUUGCAGAACUCGAUCCCUCGCCACCUUGUCUUCGCUGCAAACACUGCCGUGGAAGAUUUCUUAGAGAUUUGAAGUCAUUUAUUUGCGUUUUCUGCGGUCGGGAACAGAGCACGGAGGUCCCUCCUGACCCCAUUAAUUUCAAGAAUACCAUUGCUUGUCGUUGGCUGCUCGAGUCCUUUGACUUGGAUGGAUCGGAAAUGGUAGGUCCAAUCGAUUUGAAGAAAUCAAACCGCGGAAAAUCACCAGAGCAGUUUCCCCUUACAGAUCUUUUGAAUUUAGAGAUCAGAUGGCCUGAAACUGAAAAGAUGGGGCUCUCAGACGAUACCUCAGCUCCAAGUAAAAGUACCUUGAAUUUGGCUGGAGUUGAACUGGACUGCUACUUUUCUGAGGGAAAAAAUGACUCCACUUCAAAAGCAUCUGAUGAGCUACCACUACCGAAUGCACAAAUAGAUGGCUCUGAAACCAAAACUAAUAAGGAUAAUGUAGGUCUUAGUUUGUUUGGAAACGUUCCAUCUUCUGAGAUGACUACUAGGGCCACUAGACAUGAGAGCGAUGAUUCCUUUUCUGGUUGGGAGGCAAGUUUUCAGACUGCUGGUUCUGCAACUUCUCGUGAUAGUUCUAAAUCAGUUUUUGGACUCAAAAGCAAGUCCAGAAGUGGAGAACUGGAAGAUACGCAAGGCCCUUCUGAUAAUUUUAGGAAAGGCCCUUCUCGGCCAAAUUCAUUUGCAGGAGCAUUCCUCAAUCCAAAUGGUAUAUCCCAAGAAAAAGCAACAAGGCCAGAUGCCGCCUUUGAUGUAAGAAGGAUGAGUGAAGAGAAUGGAGAAACUGGAGAAAAUUUGGAAGCUACGAAGUGUCGGGCUGCAUCAGGUACUAGUUCAAGUUCAGAUGACGUACACGUGACGGUCGCAAAGAUGCACGAACUAUCUUUUAUGCUUGAAAGCAAUCUUUCAAUCCCCCCAAAGUGAUGCCUCUUUAGUUCUUCUUCAUAAGAAGCACGUUGCCACUGAGCUUUUCCUGUAUUUUUCUUUCCAUCCUUUCUAAAUUUGUUGUAGCUUAGUGUUAGUUUAGUUAUUACGGAAUGCAUUCUUUGAUUUUACAAAAUGGCCAAAUGUCGUUGAUAUCCAUUGCAGACAUUACUAACAUGUUGAUGAGUAGAUAUAUAUAUACACACACCAUUCAACAAAAAUGCAGAAGAUUCCCAGAUGACAAUAUUAUUCACUAAGCUGUGACACAAGUAGACAACCCCUGCACGAAGAAGUACACAAACAAGAAUGUCAAAGCACUGGAUUUGAGUAAGGUUGGCCAUGGGAGCCCAUAGCUUCCCUUUGCAAACAUCCCUUUCAAGAACGACCAGAAGCACAAAAUCAACCACACACAGGACAUCACCUCCGCCACCCCAAACUCUUGAACGCUUGUCUGUGUUCCCAAGAAGCUGAUCAAAAGUGCUGCCAACUGAAUCAUCAAAAUGGUUGUGACUGGCACAAAUAUUGGGGACUCAUCAAACGUGAACCGACCCAAAUCUCGGUCGCUACUCUCUUUGUCAUCACUAGAAGAUGAUGACUCCUUUUUCAUUAUUUCGAACACAGUCUCUGAUAAUCCUAAAAUCUUCAGGAGUACAGCCACCAUUCCAGGCAAGGACGAACUCAUUACCAUUACAAGUAUCCUCUCCAUUGUCUGGCCAUUCCACCAGGCUCUUACAGAUUGGCCCGUUUCGAAGAAGUCUAACAGCUGCCGUAGAUUGUUAAUGGCGAAAAGAAGGAGAGGUAUGAACAGUACUGGUUCUUGUACCUGCAUUGAGAAAUCCAUAGCUGCUUAACAAGUCUUGUUUAAAACUAGAAUAUCUAUCUCUGAUUAUUUAGGUGAUGUAGGGAUUGUAUUCUAUACUUACCUUGGG